AAUGUAAAUACCUCUAAAAUUGUUGAGAAGCUUUGGGGUUUCGUUUUUCUUCACAGCCAACAUCAACGGUCGUCAUAUUCCUCGUCGUCACCGGCGGAGCCCCGUUCUGGAAACUUGAGGCCGCCGCGCUUGAUUUCUUCUCGUUUCUUCGGGUGUCGGAAAUGGUGGCACCGCAGGGAAUCAAGUACGCCGUCAGCCUAAUCGCGGCCCAAUUCGGCAACGUCGUCGCUAAGGUCUGCGAAUGUCUCAUUCACCGUGGAUCCCUCUCUUUUAUGGAGGUCGUUCGCUUCACUGAGCUUUCCCAAGGACAGGUGAAGAACUGUCUUCUUGUUCUUAUCCAGCACAACUGCGUCCAGGCAUUCUCCGUCCCCAAAACAGUUGGGUUGGGCGGCGUCACUAAGCCCACCACACUUUACAUGGCCGUCUUCGAUAACGUUAUCCACCGAAUGAGAUUCUCGAAGUUCUUGCUCGUAGUUAAGGAGCACCUCGGUAACCAGUACACAGAACUUCUAGAGGGUUUUCUUCAACAUGGCAGGCUUACUUUUCAGUUACUUUAUGAUCGAGCUUCAGGGCUAAGUGGAGGCAAAGCAAAAAGAGAAGAUGUGCUUGCCAACUUCAAUAAGCUUGUACAUGCACAUUAUGUGGAGCGUUGCCCCAAAGGUGAACCCUUCCUUGAGCCCAAGGCUGAUGAUGAUAUUUCAUCCGUUGGAAAGCAAGUUAAGUCGGUUGAAGAAACUAGGAACGUUGAACAAGAAGCAAUAAUUGCGGCUGCUCCCUUAGAUGCUGACAGGUUUUCUGGAAUCAUGAUGAAUACUGAAGAAAAUUUGAAACAUGUUAAGAAUGACUCCUCUUUAGAAGUUUCAGCUGGCAAUAAGCGUAAGCAUGAAGUUCUAGAGGCAGAGGAAGACAUUCAAAACAUAAUAAAUACGAAUGAAGUUCUAUGGCGGGCAAAUUAUGAGAAAUUUUUGCAGUGUCUUAAGAGGAAGGCUUGUGUUGCUAAUGUAAGAUCAAGGUUUGGUCUCGAUGCCGCUAUUGUGUUGGAAGCAAUGAUAGAGUCGAGCAAUCAUCAAAAUGCUAGAACCAUGAUUUCUGCUACAUCGUCUAUGAAUAGCAUAAUAGAAAAUGUGAGGGGGAAACCUGGAGGAAUUUCAUUGACUUUGGAACUUGUUCGAGCAAUCUUGGACCAACUUGGUUGCCGGUUAUGUACUGAAGAGUCUGAGACAUUAUACACUGUUGGCUUGAAGGACAUCAUUGAAACUUGCCAAAACGAUGAGGUAGAGUCACUGGUUUUCAAAAAAUAUGGAAAAGAGGCAUAUAGAAUAUUCAGGUUGCUGAUUAUGAUGGGUCGGCUGGUUACCUUGGACGUGAUUUCAGAUAGUACAUUUCUUGAGAAGAAGGAAGCCCAGAAAAUUCUAUGCAAACUCUGGAGAGAUGAUUACUUGGAAAUGGAGAAAGUAAAUUUGAAUGCUGGGGGAAGGACCGAGGUAUUUUUGUGGAAAGCGAACAAGAAAUUGCUCUGGGAACAUGUUUUGAACGAUAUGUUUCAUGCCGCCUUAAAUAUAAGUCAAAAAAUUGCUCAAGUUGCUGAAGAAUUUCAGGUUCCAUACUUUUUUUUGCUCACCGCUUCAUUUCUUCAUCCAUGA